AUGCAAUCGGCUGAUCAUCCAUUUAAUACAUUUCCUUCCUCUUCUUCACCGUCUUCCCCAAAGCCACUACCCAUUGCCUCUCCCUGUGCCGCUUGCAAGGUCCUUCGGCGUCGUUGUUCCAAACAGUGCGCCUUGGCACCCUACUUUCCCCCGUCAGAACCCCAAAAGUUCAUUACGGCUCAUCGGGUCUUUGGUGCUAGCAAUAUCGUCAAGCUCCUCCAGGAAGUUCCGCAGUCGCAGAGAGCAGAUGCAGCGAGCAGCUUGGUUUAUGAAGCAAAUGCCCGAAGCAGUAAUCGUGUAUAUGGUUGUGCUGGGACGAUCUUUCAGUUGCAGAAGCAACUGAGCGAGCUACAAUCGCAGUUGGCUGCGGCGAAAGCUAAGAUCCACAACAUGCGGAACCAGCAAGCGCAUUUGGCAGCUCUGUUGUGCAUGCAGAAGACAGAGUCGAAAGAACCCACGUUCCAACCAACCGAGAUGUUUGUAGCAUCCAAUGACAUAGCUUGCCAACCCUACCUCCAGCAGGGAAAUUUCGCUGAUGCUAGUAUUGGUUCCCUCUUUGAUAUCCUUUGGACAUGA